CCCUGUGCUGACCACAGGACUUCAGCAGUCCAGCUAGAUUCCCAACUAGAUAUGGAUUUCAUCGGAACGGUGGGAGCUGUAGUCGUGUUGGCUGUGCUCGGCCAGGCAGCAGUAGUGACUGAGAAUGGACUUCCUAUUCAGUGGGAAAAAGCCCCAAGCGAGCUCUCCCAGCUGCCCACAGUAGGCGGGGUGAUCCAGGUAAAUCCAUGGGACUACUUGCAGAGGAUGGCUUUGUACAAGCUGCUGAUCAAUUCUACGGAUCCCUACAUGAGCUCCAUGGGCCCUGGAGAAAAGGAGAAUCCUCUGUGGAGUCUUCCUCUGCAGCUGGGCUGGAAGCUCAAAUCAGGCCGGUUGAUUGACCCAAGCCCUGCCACUACCAGCACUUGUGGAUUGGAAAGUUCGGAACCGGUUCGCAUCUGUCCUCUCAGCUGGUAUGGAUGUAUAAACUACUAUCUGUCCGUGCUUCCGUUCCUGGCAGCAGUUCAGACAGGUGUGGUUGGGAAGGGUGAGGUUCAGGUGCACAUUCAGGUUCCAGCGGAGAUGGCUCAGGAUUACUGCUCCAGCUACACAGACUGCUCCACCAAACACCCUGAUGCCAUGGCCAAAUGGCAAACAUUUUUCCAGUCUCUGCAGCAGAUCAGUGAAUCUGAGGACACUGAUUUUAACAAGAAGGAUCAGAUUCUGGGACUGAUGUGGGCAGCAGAGGAGGAAUCUCUAGAAACCGCCACCGUCGCCUGCAGUGAAAGGCAGAAGCUGUACUCCUCUCCCGAGGUUCGCUUUGGACAGAGCUGGCUCAGCUCGGCACCAUAUGUAGCAGCUGCUCGUUUCCACGCCAGCAUCGAGAGGUCAGAGAAGUUCAUGGCUCCCUUGCCGAGCCGGGUUCUGCAGGAGUCCGACAGCCCGCCCAACAUCGCCGACCUCAGCGCUGAGGAGAACCACACACUCUAUGUUUUCAGCUGGAUGAGCAGUGUGAAUAAACUGCUUGGCGGUUCUCUGCUGAAUCUCUGGCGCAGUGCCAUGUGUUCAGCUCAGGCUCGGGAGAAAGGUCAAGCCCUUCUCCAUGACCUUGUUCUCGACCCCAAGUUCCCUGGUACCAGUCUGAUGUCAAUCCUGACCGAGAUGGGCACCAGCUGCUGACGCAGUUCACAGUCUCCGACAGAUAUAAAAACUGGGUAAAAACAGACCUGUUAAUUAAUCUAUUAAUUAAUUCCAUGACCACCAGUGUAAACGUGCCAUUCGCAUCUUUAACUAAUAAAAAGAGAAAUAAAAUCCAA